UUCUAGAGUAAGUUUUUAUCAUUAAAAGCUAUUCUUAUUUAAGUGAAACUAGAAUCGAAUUGUUAAGAAAAACUAUAUUCAAAAGUCGAAACCAUGGAUCACGGUCACGAUGACGGAAAUUCAAUAAUUAAACACUGUUCUAUGAAGAUGACAUUUAAUACUGAUUAUAAUAAUCUUUGUAUUGUUUUCAAGCAAUGGCAUAUUAGUUCUGGGUUGCAAUUUGCUAUUUCCUUGCUGGCCAUUAUUUUUCUAGGAUUUGCAUUUGAAAAGCUACGUAGCUAUAAUUCUAUCAAAGAAUGUGACUUUCAACGCGCUUAUGGAGAACAGACGGAUGGAUUACUUACUGCUUCAAAACGAUCGGGUAAGGUCAGUCGUCCAUUACGCCUUUGUGCUUUGUAUGCUGUUCAGCUCAUAUUCUCUUAUUUCCUAAUGCUCGUUGCUAUGACCUACAAUGCAUAUGUAAUUGCUGCAAUUGCCAUCGGUGCCGCCUGGGGUUACCGCCAUUCACGUUCUGAUAGUCUUCAGAACGUUGGUCUUUGCCAUUAGCUCUGGUUGUUUCUACUGACUCUCCUUUUCUUCAUGCCUUUCCAGGUUUUAAGUAUAACUUUUUAUGCUUAAUGCAGCAAUGGUUUACGUAUCUUUUAAUGCCUUAUGGAUUCUUAAUUUUACUUGGACUAUGAUAUAAUAUAUGUUAAUGAAAACAAUGCUAGUCUUUGCGGGUAUAUCAUGAAUACACGAUUUAGAUAUUUAAUUAGCUGUAGUUGCUUUAUGGAUGAUUAUUUCUUAUUCGGUAUAUUGUACAAUUGUUAAUGCAUCCUUUUACUGAUACUUAUUAUAACUGAGAGAACC